CAGACCUCAAGCUUUCAACUUAAGAAAAACAAUGGAAGCUAUGUCUCAAUCCUGCAUGACGAUCAUCACAACAAGCCUAUCUCCUACAACUUAUCAAAUUCUAGCUCCGGUCAAGUCAAUCCCACAGACCAAACCGAGCCUUAACGCCAGGAAGGAGAAGCCCUUUGCUGCUGCUAGAUGCGUGGCUUCAGGCUCGGGUUAUGCAGCUGCAGUGGAGCCAAUUACGCCAGAGGAAGAGGAAGAGCUGACUCAGAGAAGAAGUAUAUGUGGCGGAGAAGCAAACAGAGGAAUGUGGGAGCUUCUGGAAUGCCUUGAGAAGGAAGCUAUCAUGGGGGAUGAUGAUGGGAGAGACCCUAAAGAUUACAACAGGAGAGCAAAGAUCUUUGACAAGAGUUCUAAAAUCUUCAAGAACAUCAAAGAACAGAGAGAUGAUCACUCUCCAGAGUAAAACAAAAUUUGUUGUUUAAUUUGUGUUCAAAUGUCAAUAGUGUUUUGAUUCCUUAUUGUAACACGAACUUAAUAAUGAACAAUAGUUCCAAAAAAAAACUGAAUUAUGAACAUUUUGUUCAGAAUAUUCAAUC